AUGGCGUCGAAGCGCAAGGCAUCCGCCAUGAACGCGGCCUCCGCCGAGGAGCCCGUCGAUCCCUCAGACGAGCUCAUGUUCCUCUGCCUCGGCGGCGGCAACGAAGUCGGCAGGUCAUGUCACAUCAUUCAAUACAAGGGCAAGACGGUCAUGCUCGACGCCGGCCAACACCCGGCGUACGACGGUCUAGCCGCGCUGCCCUUCUAUGACGACUUCGAUCUCAGUACCGUCGAUGUGCUCCUAAUCAGCCAUUUCCACGUCGACCACGCGGCGUCAUUACCAUAUGUCCUUGCAAAGACCAACUUCAAGGGCCGCGUCUUCAUGACGCACCCGACAAAGGCCAUCUACAAGUGGCUCAUCCAAGACAGCGUCCGCGUGGGCAACACGUCGUCCAACCCGACGACGCAGCCCGUCUACACGGAGCAGGACCACCUCAACACGUUCCCCCAGAUCGAGGCCAUCGACUACCACACGACGCACACCAUCUCCUCCAUCCGCAUCACCCCCUACCCGGCCGGCCACGUCCUCGGCGCGGCCAUGUUCCUCAUCGAGAUCGCCGGCCUCAGGAUCUUCUUCACGGGCGACUACUCGCGCGAGCAGGACAGGCAUCUCGUCUCCGCCGAGGUGCCCAAGGGCGUCAAGAUCGACGUCCUCAUCACCGAGUCGACGUACGGCAUCGCGUCCCACGUGCCGCGGCUGGAGCGCGAGCAGGCCCUCAUGAAGACCAUCACCAGCAUCCUCAACCGCGGCGGCCGCGCCCUUCUGCCCGUGUUCGCCCUCGGCCGCGCGCAGGAGCUGCUGCUCAUCCUCGACGAGUACUGGGGCAAGCACCCGGAGUUCCAAAAGUACCCCAUCUACUACGCCAGCAACCUCGCCCGUAAGUGCAUGGUCGUGUACCAGACGUACGUCGGCGCCAUGAACGACAACAUCAAGCGCCUCUUCCGCGAGCGCAUGGCCGAGGCUGAGGCCGCGGGCGACGUCGCCGGCAAGGGCGGGCCCUGGGACUUCAAGUACAUCCGCUCGCUCAAGAACCUCGACCGUUUCGACGACGUGGGCGGCUGCGUCAUGCUUGCCAGCCCCGGUAUGCUGCAGAGCGGCGUCAGCAGGGAGCUCUUUGAGCGCUGGGCCCCGAGCGAGAAGAACGGCGUCAUCAUCACGGGCUACAGUGUGGAGGGCACCAUGGCGAGGCAGGUCAUGCAGGAGCCCGAUCAGAUCCAGGCCAUCAUGUCGCGCAGCAUCGCGGGCGCCCGGAGGGCUCCCGGAGGCGACUCCGAAAAGGUGCUCAUCCCCCGCCGCUGCAGCGUCGCCGAGUACUCGUUUGCCGCGCACGUCGACGGCGUUGAGAACCGCGAGUUUAUUGAGGAAGUUGCAGCGCCGGUUGUGAUCCUCGUCCACGGCGAGCAGCACAACAUGAUGCGCCUCAAGUCCAAGCUCCUCUCCCUCAACGCCAGCAAGACGACCAAAGUCAAGGUCUACUCCCCGCGCAACUGCGAGGAGCUACGCAUCCCCUUCAAGGGCGACAAGACGGCCAAGGUCGUCGGCAAGCUGGCCGCGGUCCCGCCGCCGUCACUCCUUCCCGGCUCCGGGCCCGACGACGCGGCAGCCAUCACCGCUGCGCCGGCCGACCCGCCUCUCAUCACGGGCGUGCUCGUCCAAAACGACUUCAAGCUCUCCCUCAUGGCGCCCGAGGACCUGCGCGAGUACGCCGGCCUCACCACCACGACCAUCAUGUGCAAGCAGCGCCUGCGCCUCAGCGCCGCGGGCAUAGACCUCAUCCGCUGGGCGCUCGAGGGCAUGUUUGGCGCCAUCGAGGAGCUGCCCGAGAUGCGCGGCGCCAACAAGGCCGUCACCGCCAAGGCGGAUGCUGACGCUGGCGAGGACAACGCAGACGCGGCUGCCGACGACGACGCGCUGACCGCCAAGCAAGAAGAGGCGGACGAGGAAAUCGGCAGCACGCUCGUCGCCGCGUACCUCGUCAUGGGCUGCAUCACCGUCCGGUACCACACCAACGGCGAGGUUGAGCUCGAGUGGGAGGGCAACAUGUUCAACGACAGCAUCGCCGACUCCGUCAUGGCGGUGCUCUUCUCCGUCGAAAGCUCCCCCGCCGCCGUGAAGCGCUCCGCCGCCAACAGCAAACACUCGCACUCGCACGGCGAGGAAGCAACUAGCAACGGCGGCCCGCCCCACGGGCACAACCCGCACGCCAACUGCUCCCCGGCCGAGCGCCUCGAGCGCCUCUUCUGGUUCCUUGAGGCGCAGUUUGGCGCCGACAACGUCGCCCCCGUCGAGGACCCCAAGCUGCCGGCCGCGCCCGCGCCAGUCAAGGCCGAGGACCGCAUGGCGGCGGCGUCGACCGCGGACGGCACCAAGAAGGAAAGCGGAGAGGACGGCGCCAAAAAGGAGGAACAGGAGGACGGCGUCAAGGAUGAACCGGCGGCUAAGAAGGAGGAGGAGGAAGACGUCGCGGACGCUGACGCCAUGGACGAAGACACCAACGCCGACUCGGAGCUGGAGCAGCGCCGCAGCAAGGAGAUUCAGCGGCUGCACAAGCUGGGCAUUCCUGUGCCGGGCGUGCGCAUCAAGGUGGACAAGAUGGAGGCCACCGUCUGGCUCGAGGACCUCGAGGUUGAGUGCAAUAACAAGGUGUUUGCCGACCGCGUCAGGGCGGUCAUGGAGCGUGCCGUCGAGGUCACGGCUCCGCUCUGGGCGUAA